UACCUAGGUACAUAUACUUAUGUAUGGAAAUGAAAUAUCUGCCUAUUACAUUUCAAACCAAGGUUGAUGAUUGAAAGCGCAAUCAGAUCAUAUCUCUUAUAGGAUCAGCAAUGCAUUACGCGUAUAAAAGCACUAAUGGCAUAAAUGCAGAUGGUGCUUGUAUACGCCCACAACAUGUAAAUCGGCCAUUAGUGCAUAUGCAUUAAUAGAAAAUUACACAAGCCAGCACAACCAUUUUAUGAUACGCAGUUGGAUUCAUUAGUAGGAAAUCGAAUUUCUAUAAGUUACCAAUCAAGAUGGAAGUUCGUGACACAGAAGGUAACCAUACCUUGGAGCAUUUUGUGACUGAGGACCCAGCAUCGGAGCUCGGAAUAUUAGCAGCUAAGGUAGCCUACUAUAACUUUGAAUGGCGUUUCCUGACUAUUGUUAUGUACAAUACCGUACAAGCCAUAGGUUUGAACACAUUUUUGAUGCACUAUGAGAAAUCUGUAAUUGUGAAGCUCGGCAGAUUUCUCCCUGCUCGCAGAUCCGCCGUGCCACAGAUGAUAAUAUUUGGAGAAGACGCUUCUGAAAUAUCAAGCACUAUACGAUGGACCGUCAGGGCUAAAUAUGAUAGUAACGGAAAGUUUAUAAUAAUUUGUGCACACCAUGAGCAAGAAUGCGACGAACUGAAAAUUUUUCAGACCCUCCAAUCACUUUAUAUGUUUAACGCGGUGGUGUUGAAAACAUCGAAUAAGACGAAAGAAUCAUUAGCCUACUCAUAUGAUUUCUUGUCUGAAGGGAAAUGCAAAAAUAGUAUUCCAUAUAAAGUCAAUUUAACAACGGAUUGCUUUAAUGACAAUUGUUUCAAGAACCUGUAUCCGGAGAGACUAUCGAAUUUUCGAAAAUGUCCUCUGAUCAUGUCGACUAUAGAACAACCACCUUUUAUGUAUUUACACAAUUUGACUAGUAAGCCCACGGGAAUAGAUGGCGACAUUAUGAGACUAGUAGCUGACAUGUUGAACGCGACUUUACAUCUCAAACCUCCCUACGAUGGCGCUGAUUCUGGACACUUUGCCAACAACAACUGGACUGGAUCUCUAGGUGACAUAUACAAUAACCACUCGCAUGCGUCUGUCUGUUCAGCGCCGAUAACUUCUGGUAAAUAUGGUAAUUUUCAAAUAUCUUUCACGUAUUAUUCUAUGGACAUCGUGUGGGCUACCAGACUACCUGCCCAACAGGCUCCGUGGCAAAAACUUUUACACCCCUUGAAUAUUUAUAUCAGAAUCAUAUUACUACUUAUGUUUAUUUGUAUAAUUUUCAUGAAUACGUUUUGCAAAACAAACUUGUUCAAAGUUAUCAGCAAAAUUAGAGACGUUUUUAAAAUUGCACCACCGAAGUAUAGUCUACUAUUUUAUUCGUGGGUGGUAUUUCUUGGAGUCCCGAUUCUGAGAACGCCUGAAAGAAGGAGUUUUGUGGUAACAGUUUAUACUUGGAUAUGGUUCUGUUUUAUUAUGAGGAGUGCUUACCAAGCCGCACUUAUGAAUUCUCUUAAAAAUCCGGCUUACCUUGAUAACCUCAAGACUUUCCAAGAAGUCCUUAAAGAAAAUUAUCCUUUCGGUGGCUUAGAUUCCCUCAAGGAAUACUAUAUCGAUGAUCGUGCUAUUUACGAUAAAUGGAAAGUCGUCGAGUUGAAAAAUUUAGACAAAACUCUAGACGAUAUACUGGAAGGAUCCACGGAUUUUGUUCUAGCGUCAAAUAAAGAGUUUAUAAAGCAUCACAUCAUGAAAUAUAAUGGUACCAAGCAAUUACAGAUCAUUCCACAGAAAAUUGUUAACAGUCCUACAGUAGUGUACUUCAAGAAGUUUUCACCUUUGGUGCCUCCGAUGAAUUUUGCGUUACGUAUUGCUUUUGAAGCUGGCUUCAUACAGAGAACAUACGUACGAUAUUUGGACCAUGAUAAAAAGCUGUUACAGAGGUUGAGAAGUAAGCAAGCUGAACCGCUAAGUAUGGAGCAUUUUGCAGGUUGCUUUGUGCUAUUAGUACUUGGGUGGUUUGUAUCCCUUACUUACUUUGCAGUAGAAUAUAUAUGUGGAAAUCUAGAUGAUGAAUGAAAAUCGUCUACU